AUGGGGUCUACAGUUCGCUCUUGUUUUUUAAAAUGUUUGCUGGAUUCCCAUGCGCCUAUAAAAUUAGUCCACAAUAUCGAAACUAUAAUAGGGCGCAGCAAGUUAACCAAUAUUAAAGACCAGGCAUGUUCUCGCCAGCAACUUUCUCUGAAAGCAGACUGUGAAGAGUGCCUGGUUGAAGUCAAACAACUGGGAGUAAAUACAUCAGGUUUAAAUGGAUUCGCCCUAAAAAGGAAUCUAGAAUAUAAAGUAGAACAUGGUUCUAGAAUUGAAAUUUUGUUAAACAACUAUAUUCAUGUCAUAGAGUUUGAUCCACCACCAGAAAACUAUGAGGAACCAAAAUUAAGUAAUAAAAGGAAAUUAGAAGAGGAAGAAGAGUCCCCAAGAAAGAGAAAAAGUCUUAAAAUGGAUACUGAUAAAGUAAAAGUCAAACCUGCAGGAGAAAAUGUAUGGGAAGACAUUGAUAAAGGCGAAUUGUAUGUGUUCACCUCUAAAGGUGUCAAGCCUAGCCACAAAAUAGCGGCCUUUGACAUGGAUGGCACUUUAAUAAAGACAAAAUCUGGUAAAGUACACCCUGUUGAUACCAACGACUGGCAAAUAGCUUUCCCAACAGUUCAAAAGAAGUUAAAAGAACAUGUAGAAGAUAAUUAUAAACUUGUUAUAUUAAGUAAUCAAGCACCAAUAGGAAAUGGGAGAGUUAAAAUAGAAGAUUUUAAGAAAAAAAUUGAGAAUAUAGUAAUUAAGUUGGAUGUCCCAUUUCAAGUGUACAUAGCUACUGGUAAAGGGUUUUAUAGGAAACCAACUACUGGGAUGUGGAAAGUGCUAUCAGAACAAAAAAAUGGUGGUAUAAAAAUAAAUAUGGAUGAAAGUUUCUACUGCGGUGAUGCUGCAGGCAGACUCGCUAACUGGGCUCCUGGGAAGAAAAAGGAUCAUUCUAUGGCAGACAAACUUAUGGCUGAAAAUCUAAAUCUUAAGUUCUAUACACCGGAACAAUUCUUCUUAGGACACUCUAUAGCCAAUGUACCUAUGGGUAAACCUGAUUUUAACCCCAAAGAACUCGGUAAUACACCAUUUAAAGACAAUCUAAUAGGGAAGGAAAGAGAGAUACUGGUUUUAGUUGGGUUCCCUGGUAGUGGUAAAUCAUCUUUGGCUAAACAUAUUGAAAAGGAGUCCGGAUACAACUAUGCCACUGUGUGUAGAGAUGUUCUUGGUUCCUGGCAGAAAUGUGCAGCUGAAGCCACUAAGCUACUUGAGAGAGGUAAAAGUGUAAUAGUAGACAGUACAAACCCUGACAAAGAAUCUCGCGCCCGCUGGGUGUCACUGGCCAAAGAGAAGAAGGUGAGCUGCCGUUGUGCAAAGAUGGCGACUACUAUAGCUCAUGCGAAACAUAACAACAAGUUUCGAGAACUUAUGAAAGUCAACCACAUUCCAGUCAACGAUAUUGUUUAUCAUACAUACAAGAACAAAUAUGUAGAGCCAUCAGUCAACGAAGGGUUUAAAGAAGUGAUUGAUGUACCAUUCAGCCCUAGAUUCGAAGACAAGGAAUCUGAAGAGGUGUAUAGAAUGCACCUGCUAGAAAAAUAA